AUGUCUACUACUACUACCCCCAUCAUGUCUACAAAGAGCAAUAAAACCGUCAAACAUCCUGCCAAGCCUCGUGCCAAGCGCACCCCAGCUGCCAAGCCUCCAGCCAAGCGCACACGGGCUACCAAGGCUUCCAAAACCGCCGAGAGUUCUAAAACCGCAGAACUUUCUGCCAAGUCUUCCGAAACCGCCAAGCCUACCGAAAUCGCCGAGCCGGUUCCCAAGCCUUUUGAUUCUGGCACCCCUGCCGCCACCGCCAAGCCUACUGCUAAGCCUCCCGCCAAGCGCACCCCAGCUGCCAAGACUUCUAAGAGCGCCGAGAGUUCUAAAACCGCUGAGCUUCCUGCCAAGCCAGCUGCCAAGCAAGCCGAUACCGUCGAGCCAGCUGCCGAGCCUUCUGCUUCCGGUACCCCUGCUGCCAAGCAAGCCGAUAUCGACGAGCCAGCUGCCGAGCUUUCUUCUUCUGGUACCCCUGCUGCCAAGCCUUCCGAUACCGCCGAGCCGAUUGCCAAGCCUUCCGAUUCCGGCACCCCUGCUGCCAAGAUUUCCGAAUCCGGAAGGCUUGGUGCCAAGCCUUCCGAAACCCGCCCCAUUCAGUAUCAUGAGUCAGCUGCUGAGGCAUUAGUAAUGGGUGGUGUUACCAAUACUGCUACUGCUAAAAAAUUGGCUAGUAUGGAUUGGAUUAGACCUGUUAUGGUUAAGGAAGACAGGGGUCCUAAUAUGGCAAGGCCAGUUAAUGUUGAGGCUAUAUCGGGAUACAGCAGGGGUGAAUUUGCAGAGGCAGUUUGUGACUGUUGUACUGACGAAAUUAAACCUCGCGAACGCUCUGCACCCAUUGCAAGCUCUUCUACAGUUACUGCGGAGGGUGCAGACAGGCAUAGGAGAGUUGCAAAGAGGAAGCGGUCCACUACCAAGGAAAAAUGGCGGAGGCUUUUGAUAGCGGUGGAGGGAGUGGCUGAUGCAAUUGAGGAUAUCAUGGACGAAAUGGAAGAUUAA